AGAUUUUAGUUCCAGUAGCAGCGGCUGUGAAAAAUGAGGUUAAUGUUCCUUGUGUGAAAAAUUUCGUUGAGCUGUUGUAUGUACAAACCUUGGAUGCUUCGACGAAAUCGAAACAUCGUCUAGCUUUAUUUCCGUUAGUCACAUGCUUGCUCUGUGUGUCGCAAAAAACAUUCUUCCUUUCAAAUUGGCAUUAUUUCCUAGCCAUGUGCCUUAGCAAUUUGAAAAACCGUGAUGCGAAAAUGAGCCGAGUAGCACUGGAGUCGCUUUAUCGUCUAUUAUGGGUAUACAUGAUAAGGAUAAAAUGUGAAUCCAAUUCGGCGACUCAUUCAAGACUACAAAGUAUAGUAAACUCCUUAUUUCCAAAAGGCUCAAAAGGUGUCGUGCCCCGUGAUACUCCUCUGAACAUUUUUGUGAAAAUCAUACAGUUCAUUGCGCAGGAGCGUUUGGAUUUUGCCAUGCGGGAAAUUGUUUAUGAUUUACUCUGCGUGGGACGUUCGAUUAAGUUGAUUUUAAAUCCGGAACGUAUGAGCAUCGGACUACGCGCAUUUCUUGUUGUGGCCGAUUCCUUGCAACAAAAAGACGGCGAACCACCUAUGCCACGCACUGUGCCUGUGCUACCCUCCGGCAAUACAUUGCGAGUGAAGAAAACAUACAUCAAUAAAAUGCUAACCGACGAUACUGCCCGCAGCAUUGGCAUGUCGACCUAUUUUCCACAUGUGCGCCGUGUUUUUGUGGACAUUUUGCGAGCACUGGACGUGCAUUACGGUCGCCCGUUAAUGAUGACAAACACGCAGAAUCAGAAUAAAGAACCCGAUGAGAUGCUCUCUGGUGAGCGCAAGCCACGGAUCGAUCUAUUUCGCACAUGCGUCGCUGCAGUACCUCGUCUCAUACCAGAGACGAUGACCCCACAGGAGUUGGUAGACUUGCUCUCGCGGUUGACUGUGCACAUGGACGAAGAGUUGCGCAUCUUAACACACCAGUCGCUGCAAACUUUGGUGAUUGACUUUCCGGAUUGGCGUCAGGACGUCGUGCACGGGUACACCCAGUUUCUAGUGCGCGAUGUCACCGACACUUAUCCGCAGUUAUUGGAAAAUUGUACUCGAAUGCUAUUCGUAUUUCUGAACAUUUGGCGUUGUGCAAUAAAUGUCAAUGGCAAUGGAAAUUCAAGCGCGAAUGCGCUUAAAAUCUCAAUGACAAGUGCCGGAGUAGUAAAUGCUCCUGCUGGAGUUGGCGGUGGUGUUGGUGUCGCAACAGUUGCGACUGCCUUAAGUGGCUCUGGUCCGGGUAAAGACACUGCCACAAGCCAGCUCUCUAGCGCAAGCAAUGUGAAAAGCGUAAACACAAAUUCAAGUGGCACUUCCAGCAUUACAUCUAGCGGAAUGUCUAGCAUUACGCAAACGACUGUCAUUAAUAUUGGAGAUGCUGCUAAGAAAAACGAGAUACCGCUGGUUACCACGCUACAUUUUGUAGAGGGUUUUGCUCUGGUACUGCUCUGUAACUAUCGUCCAUUCUUGCGAAAGCUGGCAGCUAUGAUUUUGAAAGAAGUGAAGAAUCUUAUGAAAGCACUGGGCAUACCAGAGACGGAGCCACCAGUGAUCGAUGUAAUUGAUAAGUGCUGUCCACAGGUACUUGAGAAGUGUUUACCACAUUUGCCACCUUCAGAGAAGACUGCGAUCCUCAAUGCGAAUGCAAUCGAUUUGCAAUGGAUUGCCGAACGAACAAGUGGUAUAUGGAUGGCGGGGUUAACAGAUGUUUCUUUAGACACGUCGAAAUCAUCAACUUCGACUCUGAACUUGUCACAAGGUAGCGCAACACAUCAGCAGCAACAGUUCGAUCCGUGGUCGAUGGUGUUGUUUGGUUUUCUGGAACGUAACCGUAUUUUGCAGCAGUGUGCCUCCGCCGUUGCGCAGGCUUGGCCCAUCUGCUAUUCACGCGUGACAGCACUUUACAGCGUCAUCGAUCCCACACCUGUUAGUGAUAAUCGCGCUUCAUUACUGCGCAGCUCAGCGCCAACUAAGAAAGUGCCCACCGAAAGCCAAAAGGAUCUUUAUUUAAAAUUAUGGCGCAAUCAAGUUGCUUGUGCAAUGCGCCUGGUACCACAGAUUCCAAGCGUUGCGGUUCGCUGUGCAUCUCCUGACCUAAGUUUGAGCUCAUCACCCGACUCUUUGAAUGCCGAUCGAAGUGAUAAAUCUGUUAUGGGUUCCGCUUCGCCCCAAGCACUUUACAAGCUGGUUGUGCCUCUGCUACGCUGUGAGGUAGUUGACGUUCGCGAUGCGGCCGUAAAUGCACUUGGAAUGAUAAAUCAUGAAGCCCUGAAGGAUUUAAUGGAAGAGCUUGUAGUUUAUAUACGCGAAGCAGUCGACAGAAAACAGGAGAAUAUGCGACGUCGGCGUCGGCGUGAUGCCUUGCGCUUGCAGCUAGUACGUGUGCUGGAAAAAAUUGCAGAAAAUGGCACAUUUGGCGUAAGUACCUGUGUGCUAGAACGUGACACGAUGUCAUUACAUCCUACAUUUGUGGAAUACAUAGAAGGCGCUAUUCAAUAUCUAUUAGCUGAAACUGAUAAGGACAAUACCAGUAUUCGGGAAGUCAAAGCACAUUUUUGUAAUUUCAUUCGCAAAAUGAUAAAGAGUUUCUCGCUAGAGUCAUGUGGCACACUUCUAACACGCGAGCUUAAGCGGAGUCUUUUCACUUUAUUUGCAACAUGGUGUGGAUCUUUUUCAAAACCGCUGGGCUUCACUUCACAGAUUGGUCAAACACAAGAUGAAGAGAAACUGCAGUUUAGUGCUUUACAGGCCCUAUCUGCUCUACUUUGCUGCGGACACAUAUUCCAUCCUCCAUAUCUGUCUGAUUAUGGUAUUAUUUACGAAUGGCUGGACAUGUUGUUGACAUCUAAAGACGAAAAGAUAUAUCUCUUAGCACGAGAUACUGUUGUCUUAUUACUUGAAUCGAAUCCGGACUGUAGUGUGCUACUUGAGUGGGUUAUUGAUCGCUGUUAUACAUCGACUCCCCGUGAAGCAGAUGCUUGCUUUUUAGCCCUGGCAGCAAUUUUUAGUGCAAGGGAAUACCCAUGUGACCAUUACACAUCAGUAAUCACGGUUACACUUUUAAUGACUGGCUGUCCGCGCGUUGAAGUGCAUUCCACCGCUCUCCAGUUAUUACAAAUAUUGGAUAAACGCUUCUUUGGCAGCGUGGCUUCUCUGCAUAGCGAUAACGGUAAAGAAGAUGACAACAAAGUUGGCACUUUGGAUACAUUGCUCAGUAGUGCGUAUUGUCGUUCGCAACGUUUUCUCUCCAAGCAAUUGGCUCAGCUUCGCCCCGAACUGUCCAUGUCAAUGUUCUCCGAAAUUACACAUCGCUUCCAGACGGCGAGGGAGGAGGUGCGUGCGCUGUUAAUACAAUGUCUAUUGCCAUGGCUGCACAACAUGGAACUAGUUGCCACAAGUGUUCCUCCAGCAACACCGUUAUCCUACAUUAUGUAUUUCCCCGACUCUGGUACACGUGGACGUAGGGAAGGAACGGGAUCAACGGAGGCCACCGAAAUGAUUUUGAAUAAUCUUUUCUAUAUAACAGCAAAGUUUUCGGAUUCACAUCCCCGUGACGUUGAAGAACUUUGGGGCACACUCUGCCAAUUCUGGCCAAACAACCUCAAGGUCAUCCUACGCUACUUGGUUAUCAUGAGUGGCAUGGCGCCGAAUGAACUUUUACCAUAUGCGAAACGCGUGGCAUUGUAUCUCGCCCGCACUUGCCCCGACCGUCUUUUGGACGAAUUAAUGGUAGAACUGCAAACUGUGGAAACACUUAAUUGCUUAAUUGAGCGCACCGAGACACCACCAUUUUAUCGCCUAACAAGCAUGCGGAAAGCUUCCAGCCACUCUGCUGACGGUCAAGCAGUUGGAGGCAUUAAUGACUCACGUAUUCAAGAUUUAAUUGUAGAGAAGGGAACGAUUCACACAAAACGGCACAGUGGCGAAGAUCCUAUCAAAACGGGAACAUGUAAAUCUGAUAGCGGUAUACGCGCCUUCACACAAACCGCAAAUAAUCGUCCACCACGAGGCGCUGAUAAAAUACGUGCUGCCUCCGGACCAUCGAUAUUACCCCGUCCCGAAGAUAUUUUAAUUAAUGAUGCUGAGCUACGGCAGGAGGAGAACGUGGAGUUGCGUUCCGCAGAUGCUCCUAUGGCACCACAUCCACUGCCUAUGCCGGAGUAUGGUGGAUACUUUGCCCCACUUACUGAAUUCUUACCAGACGCCAGUUUGCCAAUCAGCGGCUUUCACCGCUGCAACGUUGCCGUGAUGUUGUUAACAGACAUUGUUGUCGACGGUAUUCCGGGAAUUGAUUGGACGUUGCAUUUACCAUUGAUGCUGCAUAUUUCAUUUUUAGGUAUAGAUCAUACGCGCGUUAUGGUGCGAGAACAUUGCAAGCAGCUUUGUAUUAAUUUAUUGAUCGUUUUGGCUGAGCAUAAUGACCAUCUGACUGUCGCUCGCAUUUUGUUGAACUGCGAAACAAUGAAACUCGACUUGGGGCUAUCGGUGCCAUCCUUGCCGGUAAUAGACAACAUAUUUACAGAAUCACAUCAAGAUUUCGACAGCUAUUUGUACAACGUUAGUCCAUGCAAUUUACCCGUCUCCAAUUCAAGUAUGAUCCAUGCGAUGAGCCAUAAUGGGAACUCUGCUGUAGCUCUGUCGACUGCGAAUAUCCAAAACGUUAAUACAUACUACGCAACAACACAACAGCAACAAGUGCAACACACAAACUUGCAACAACCGCCGCCUCUUGCUGCACAGCUACAGUCGCAAACUCAACAGCUGCAGGUGAUUGGGCAACCACAACAGUUGCAGCAGCAGCAGCAACAACUUCAACCGCUACAACAGCAGCAAAAUCAACAGCAUCAAGUGGUCUUGAAUGUUGGCAACUUGCAAAUAAAUCCAAAUACUUCGGAAAACUCUGAAGUGCCACUGAUAAUAACCGAUGAAAAUGCGCCCCCACAACCGGGCCCCACCAUGCUAAUCUCGCAUGUAAUCAAAAGUUUGUUGCGAUUUCUCGCUCGAGACACCUGCCAACCAUUGUGGAACUACGAAGAUAUCACAGCGAAAGUGUGGAUGGUGAAGUCAGCCGAACAGCUUAGCUGCUUCCUUAAGCACGUGGGGAAGGUAUUCGCCGACAGCUACCCACAGGCCCGCAUUGCCGAGCGCUGGGCGCAAACCGCUCUGCAGCUGGGCUUAUCUUGUUCGUCGCGUCACUACGCGGGCCGUUGUCUGCAAAUAUUUCGCGCCCUCAACGUGCCCAUCAACUCGCGUAUGCUCUCCGACAUACUGUCUCGCUUGGUGGAAACUGUUGCCGAGCAGGGCGAAGACAUGCAAGGCUACGUCACUGAACUACUGCUAACUCUGGAGGCGGCUGUGGACAGUUUAGAUUCCGACUUCCGGCCUCUGGAUGUAAUGAAGGACAUUUUCAAGAGCACUCCGAAUCUGAACAACAAAGAUGGCGGACCAAAUUCAAUUUUGCCUGGGAAAAAAUCACCUUCGGGCGGCAUAGCACCACAAUCGCCAAAUUUCUCCGUUCCCAGCCACGCUCGCAGCACAAGCUACUCUGUGACGUACUGCGCCCGAAAAAGCACCAACUCGCCAUGCGAUAAACAAGUUGAGUUACGCAAUCGCGCAUCGGGCAUGUCUGAAAUGGAAAGAAAUACAGCGAAAUUCGGCGGUUCAGCGCUUUCACGUUCACGCAGCGCACAAAGCUUGAAAAUGUUGGGUGACAGCGCCACACAGGAUGAUAAAAUGACAAUACUGGCUCAAUUAUUUUGGCUGUCUGUUUCUCUCCUGGAGAGCGAUUAUGAAUAUGAAUUUCUUUUGGCGGUGCGUUUGUUAACACGUGUGCUGCAUCGCUUGCCUCUUGAUCGUCCUGAUGCUCGUGAUAAAGUUGAAAAGUUGCAACAGCAACUCAAAUGGGCAGGAUAUCCAGGAGUUCACGCGCUUUUAUUGAAGGUGAUUUUCAGCCAAUCAUCCGAUCUUAUGGAACGCCAGUCUUCCGCUGCAUCUUCUACAGAAGAGACCUCUGGUCCGCAGGGUGAUCUGAGUAGUGGCUCGCGCCGUGAUGAUGGCCAGCCUGAUUUUACCGUCUUCAAAGACUUUGAUUUUCUUGAAUACGAGGACAGCAUUGCCGGCGAGUCGACAGACAACUUCAAUUGGGGCGUAAGACGUCAUCAGCUAUUCGAAGGUGAGGAAGAGCGCUUGACCUGUGGCAGCGGUAUCGGCGGUGGUUCGAUCAAAGGUGGUCAUUCAUCUGCGCUCGAGGACAGCUUCAGUGAGAAGACGCCUAUAUUAAGCAAAAGACGUCGACAAACUGCAGACGAUUCAUCUGACGAGGAUGGCGAAUCCGAAUCGCCUAUUGACGAAGACCAUCGCCAGGCAUUCAUGAAGUCGGGGUACAAUGUGGGUCCUCCCACCUCCCUUAGCCUACGUGAACGGCGUCGUCGUAACUCUGUUUCUCGCAGCGAUACAAGUGGUUCCAGUGCAGGCGACUUGGGUGACAUAACACCAUGUAAUGCGUCGCCUCAUUUGCCAGGUAUUAUACGCUUCGGUGCACCCAUACGCGAUGAAGCUGAGGAGAACUGGCGCAAGCAGCUACAGUCGAUGUUGAUCAAUCAGCCCUCGGCGCAUACAUCUGAGCUUCUAAUGCAGCUUUAUCGACUUAUAAAGGAGCUGACUUUCAAGACGAUUAGCAUAUCAAAGGAGGCCAAGAAAUUCUUCACCGGUAUUGGUUCGCAACUAGGCAAUCGCAUAUCGCUAUUCACUGAUUUACUUAGCUCGCGCGCUGAUCCACCACGCGUAUGGUGUAGUGAUACGCAGACAACUACACCCCGGCUAUUUGAAACACUGCGAUUUAAUGUGUUAGAAGUGCAGGAGCACUUGGAAACUUUCUUCGACCGCAAGGAUCAAGUGUUGGAGUGCCUGGACGCAGUUAAAACGUCAUGCAAAUUGUCACUCUUCAAUGAAGCGGAUGUGGCUGCAUCUGGUAUGGAGUUAACAAGCAGCGCCAAUUUUGGUUACAUGACCUUCGACCCGGCCUCCUCCGAAGUGGUACUAGAUCUGGGUCGCGCAUUAUAUAAAUUGAUGUUUCAAUUACUGCUUCUAAUAGAGUCAAACCACAAAAUAUCCUCCAAUGUUGUUAAUCAUUUCAGAAUCAACGAAAAGAUGCACGACAUAUCCGAUUUAUAUGCAUUAGUGCGCGACGCCUUGGUACGCAGCGUCAGUGAGGCGGAGCUCGAAUGUUUCGAGGCAGCAUCGACAUCCACCGAAGGCGAACACACUCCCACUCCUUCGCCAGGCAUACCCAUGACUAGCGAGGAAUUCGAAGUAACACUACAAGAACUUAUCGAGGGGCAAAAAUGGUCGGCUGCUAUAACGCAUGUGCGCCAAUACAAACGCAUUUCACAGAUGACUGCGUCCAACCCAAACUUAACCAUUUCUAGCUACAACAAUUUGGAUAGUCGUUUAAAGUUCGAUGAAAUGCCCAUUAUACUGAAUGCUUAUGCACAAAGCAUAAUGAAAGAUCGUACAGAGGCAUUUAUCGUUUCAAAAUCCGAUUCUGAGCUAUUCGAGGUUUAUGCAAUACUAUCGGAGAACUUGUACCAUGUAUCCAGCGCACUCACAACCAUGGAAAUCAAUAUGAAAAGUUACUCGGGUAGUGCAGCUGCUGCUGCAGCUGCCAUCGCGGCGACCAGAGGAGAAAGCGGCGAUGCUGUUACGAAUCUUUGAGAACCUUCCUUGCGCACUAUCGAAAAUUUUCAUUUAUGUAUUAAUACAAUUCAUUGUAAAAACAUUUAAAACGAAAUCAAUUAAAUAUGCAUAUUAAAUGUAAGUAGUUUUCCCACUCGAGAGCCAACUAA